UCACUACGGCGCCACCGGGAAAACAAUGCUCAGCCUCCUUCCCCGGUCUUUCCCAAAGCUCCGGUUCAAACCCGGUUAUAUAUAUCGGCUAUCCGGGCCCUAUUACUACCCGUCGCCGGUACGCCUUCUCCACCGCCAGCGGUCUCUAUGGCUUCGACCACUUAAAGACCCCCAUAGGCUUUCGACGUUUCGUCGACGAUGCUAUCGAAAGGUCCGGAGAGCUGGUUGCAUACAUUUCAGGGAUGCCUUCCUCAGCGGAAAUAAUAAGAGCCAUGGAUGAGAUUUCUAACAGAGUCUGGUCUGUAAUUGACUCCGCGGAGCUUUGUAGACAAACUCAUCCUGACAGGGAAUUUGUUGAGGAGGCGAUCAAAGCUUCAAUAAGAGUUAAUGAAUAUCUACAUUAUCUGAAUACAAAUCAUACUUUAUAUAAUGCCGUGAUUAAAGCUGAGCAAGAGGGCAACUUGCUCACCGACGAAGCUCAUAGGGUCGCGCAUUACCUCCGCCUUGACUUUGAGAGGAGUGGGAUUCAUCUUUCUGCUGAGAAAGUAGAUAGAGUGAACCGGCUGAGUAUAGAUAUUUCCCAAUUGUGCAGACAGUUCAAUCAAAAUAUCGUCAAUGACCCGGGUACUGUGGAUAUUUUCCUAGCGUCACUUAUACCUCGAAAUUUGCACCAUCUUCUUAAGCCCGUCUAUCGUUCAACAUCUGUAGUUUCGAAGGACUCGUGGAGGCCUGGGGGUACCAUGAACGAGAAGGGGUUUCGUAUAACAACAGACCCGCACACUCUAUCUUGUGUUCUGCAAGGGGCACCAAAUGAUGAGGUCCGGAAAAUGGCAUAUAUCAAAGGAAAUUCUGUUCCUCAUGCAAACCUUGGUGUUCUUGAUCAACUUAUAGCUUCCCGCCAUGAGCUUGCUCAGGUUUCUCUAUACCUAAACUCCCAGCAUAUUCUAAUCUCUUACUCUGCCUAGUUCUCCUUCCACCCUCCCAUUCCCAUACAUAAAUUGCACGAUACUAUUCUACACCUGAACUCCCAGCAUAUUCUAAUCUCUUACUCCUCCUGGUUCUUCUUCUUCUUCUUCUCUUUCUUCUUGAUCUCA